GUGAGCUUUACACAAUUUUACCACUUCCUGGAUUUUAAUUCUAGUUAUGCCACUGUGAAAGCAGUGUUACUACACUCUUUUAAUUAAGUUGCAUUCAGUGCAAGAACGUUCACCGCUAAAAGUAUUUUCAAAACUGUCACUUAACGAUGUCUAAUUUAAAAUGUAAUGAACCAACGUCUUAUAUAAAUAAGACACUAUCGUGUGGUUUUGAUAUAGAGUUCACUAAUAUAUGUUAUGCAGUUCAAAUAAGGCCAAGUUUGUUAAACGCGGAAACAAAAGUGAUUUUAAAUGAUGUUAGUGGAGAAUUUCGUAAAAAACAAUUAGUCGCCAUUCUUGGAUGUUCAGGAUCUGGAAAAUCAACAUUGUUAAACAUUCUUUCGGGAUAUAAAACUAAUGGAUAUAAUGGAAGUAUAUCUAUAAAUGGAAAUUCUAAAAUAAACUUAAAAUUAUUUCGAAGACAAAUUAGUUACAUUUUGCAAGAUGAUAUAUUGCAACCUCUAUUAACUGUACAGGAAUCAAUGGAAUUCGCCAUGAAAUUUUUACAUUCGGGUAUAAAGAUAGGACAUCAGAAAAAAAUAUUAAUUGAAGAAAUUUUAAAAAUUUUAAUGCUCUAUGAAAAAAGACUUACAAUGGAAAAAUAUUUGUCUGGUGGAGAAAGAAAACGGUUAUCUAUUGCUUUAGAAUUAAUACGCGAUCCUAAAGUAAUGUUUUUAGAUGAACCUACAACGGGUUUGGAUGUUGUAUCCACCAAUCAAGUAGUGUCUACAAUGAAAAAAUUGGCUUUUUCAGGAAAAACGAUUGUAUGUACUAUACAUCAAUUAUCUGCUUCUAACUUAAUAUUAUUUGACUCAUUGUACAUUCUUACUCCUAGUGGACAAUGCAUGUACAAUGGUUCACCUUCUCAUCUAAUCAAAUAUUUAAAUAACUUUGGUCUCUAUUGUCCACUUUAUCAUAACCCUGCCGAUUAUGUAAUUGAUGUUAGCAGAGGCUUGUUUGGAAACAAAGUCGAUAUGCUCGUUGAUAGCCUAAAAAAAAUUAAAAAAUCGUUAAUGUAUGAUGAAGAAAAUUGCUGUCUAAAAAAUGCUGAAGUAUUAAGAACUGCCAUUGAACUAUCCGAUCCUAUAAUUCAUACAAGUUACACUACUCAAUGCUCUAUUAUAUUUAGUAGACUUUUCCUUAUAGCUAAAAGGGAUAAGUUUCUCACGAACGCACGAUUCAUGGUACAUAUAUUUUUGGCUUGUACAUUUGGAUUUGCUUACUAUGACAUAGGUCACAACUUGUCAUAUUCUCUGGACAAUGUUGCAAUGAUGUAUUUCUGUUUACUACAAUGUGUUUACACAUCCGCAUACACACUUGCUAUGAAAUUGCCUAUGGAAUUGUUUGUUGUAAGAAGGGAACACUUUAAUCGAUGGUAUUCAUUAGGGCCUUACUAUUUGUGUGUCAUAAUUUUAGAUCUACCACUUCAGGUAUUUAGUAUAUCAAUAUAUUCUAUUUUAAUCUAUAUAUUAACUGGACAACCGUUUGAAUACUUCAGACUACUUAUGUUUUUACUAAUGAUAAUUACAACUACAUUAUUUUCACAAUCAUUGGGAAUGUUUAUAAGUGUAAUUUUCGACAAUUUUGUAGUUAUUAUUGUGACAAUUAAUUUAGUCCUUUUACCAUGGGUGAUGUUUAGUGGUGUAUUCCUGAGAAUUAGAGAUACAUCUAAACUUUAUAGAUGGAUUUAUGAUUAUUCUUUUUUAAAAAGAUCAAUUCAAGGUAUUUUACAUUCUAUUUAUGGAUUUAAUCGACCAUCAUCUGACUGCGUCGUGGAGUAUUGCUACUACAGAUCUCCAAAAGAAUUACUCAAGGACAUAGAUAUGCCUGAAAACAAUUACUGGUCAAACAUUUUAUUUAUUGCUACAUUAUAUUUAAUUAUGAAAAUUUUAACUUAUGUAGUUCUUAAGUAUCGUAUAAGAAUAAACAAAUGAAUUUAUUAGUUAAUACUUGAUUACAUUUCACACAAAGAAGAUCAAUAUUUUCCCACAUAAUUUAAUAUUUUAAAUUACCAUUAAACUAUUUUUAAUGUCUUUUGUGUAAUAAUUUAUAUUAUAACAUCUUGAAAUAAGCAAAUGAAACGAUAUUUAUAGAUAAAAAAGUGUCUUUUAGGAACUAACCCACACCUUGAGUUAUCAUUUCUAAUAAAAAUGUUUUCUCUUUGGUAAGAUAUUUUU